GAGGGACACAACAAAGCGACUGCACGACUGUCUCAUACAGGACUGCAGAAUGGGGUUAAGGUCAAAAGGUCGUCAUCAUUUCAUUCAUCAGAUCAUUUCAUUCUGCAGAAGUUUGCAAAGAUAUUCAUUUCAGUUUAUUUUAUAUAGCAAAAUAUUAAACAUUUGAUUGAGAGGGCGUCACAAUCUGGACAUAUAUGACAUUCCUGACCUCUGACCUCACAUCGGAUCAGGAAAAACUCCCAAGAAAUAUAAAGAACCCUUUCAUGGGGAAAAAAGGGGAAGAACCCUUCAGGAGAGCAACAGGAUGGACAGAAGAAUAGAUGUCAUGUGACCAGAAGGAAUCAUUGCAGAGUUACAUGAACACAUUCAAUCAAUAUGAAUAUUGCACGCAAGUACUUCACAAGAAGAAUAAGAGGAAACAGAAAAGUUUAACAUAAUAAACAUGGUCUUUUUUUUCAUUCUCUUGUCCCCAUUCUACUGGUGAAGGAUAUGCUGGAAGAUAUGAUAUGAUGGAAAUGAGUGAGAUUAAAGCACAACGCCUGCAUGACUGAGUGUGACUCCUGUUGCAAUGUUUACAUAAAGAAACUCAAACGCGACAUCAUCUAUAAAACAGAAUCCAGGAAGGAUCCAGUGCGUUUGGACUCGGCCGCGCUCCUGCUGACAGUAACCGGAAGUGCGGUGUCCCGACAGAGAGGGACAAGAUGUGGUUUCACUUUCACAGAGAGGCGGCACAACGUUAGAGAAACAGAGACCCGCCGGUUGGGAAGGACUCUCGCCGAAUAUGAAAUGUGAUACUUUGUGAUUUGUUGUUUUGUGCCAGAGACCUCGUGGGAAGUUGUUGGCGCUCACUUUCACUUCCACCGGACAUUUGACUCAAAGGGACCCCUCCAUGGAGCCGAUGGACUGGCUGAACGACGAGGAGCUGCUGCGGUUCUUCCGCCGCUGUAAAACCGAGAUGUCCUGCAUGGAGAAGCCGCACACGUUCCUCUGCCAGCUCCGGGACUACGAGCUGGUGCCGGAGGACCGAUACAAGAAGGUGAUUCGUAUGAAGAGUAAAGACAACAUACGGAAAGGUCUCUACGAGAUCCUGGACUGGUUGGAACGAGAACGUCCCCAGAGCGUCCGAGAGUUCUGGAGCUGCGUCUUCAAGGACACCAUCCACUAUCCCACCCUGAAGCUGCUGCGCAACAGCCUCCUGGACGGCUCUUUCCAUUUUGACAAACAACCAGAAGAGACGGUGGAAACGGAAAAGUCAGACGAAGGGAAGAGGAAGGCGCUUUCUGGAGGUGAGGAGGGAGAGGAGAAGCAGGAGAACUCCGUGAAGAUGAAGAAGAAGAGAAUACUGAGAAGUAGCAACGAUGACGAGGAGCCGGCCGGUCCAUCAUCUCAAUCGAUUCCCAGGAAGAAAAAGUCCAAAAAAAUCUGCUUCUCCUCUCCCCUGAAGAAGGGCGAGAAGAACCACAUCUGGAGCUGGCCCAUCUAUAAGCUGCAGCUGCCCGUGACCUGUGGGGACCAGGCGGGGACACUGAAUAGAAACCUCCUGGCUAAAGGGGAGAAGUGCAUUGUGGUCGGGAAACGGUGGUUCACUCCCAGUGAGUUUGAGAGUUUUGCGGGGAAGAAGAGUUCCAGGAACUGGAAGGCGAGCAUUCGCUGUCAGGACACCCAGCUGGGGAAGCUGAUUCAGGAAGGUCACCUGAAAACAGGAACGUACAAAGGAGGGUGCAGAAAGGCCAAUAGGUCACUGUUCCCGUCUGGUCACGCAACUGCAGUGUCUGAUGAAGAUGAAGAAGCAGGAGAAGAAGAAGAAGAAGAAGAAGAAGGAGAUGAUGAAGAAGAAAAAGAAGAAGGAGAAGAAGAAGAAGGAGAUGAUGAAGAAGAAGAAGAGGGCCGUGAGCUGAACGAGGGCGACCGCAGCAGAGAAAGCUCCGCAGCUGUCGCAGGCGAGGCAGUGAGGAACCGGACCGAGCAGCCAGAAGUCGCCAGGAAGGUGUUCAGAGUCACGUGCCGCGGUGCAGCCGGGACUUUACACGCCAAGCGGUUCUCCUCAGGUAAACGACUUGACGAUCGACUCGCUGCUGUGCAAAUGCAGUCGGUGCAAACCAGAUGGCACCGAGCUGGAGAAUCAGAAGAACGAUGACGAGUGUGGCGUCUGUAGAAGGGAAGA